CCCAUAGGAACAAGUAAGAUCAAAACCAAGUAAUAUCGAUUUAUGUGGCGCAUCCACUUCUAUAACCCAAAAACGUUCAAUAAGGCGACAACUUUUUUAAUUUAUAAUUUUUGCCUUUUUCUACAUCGGGUUCCCACAUUUGAAAAAUGAUGUGCUAUAAAGCAAUCUUUUCUGAUCGUUCAACAACGCUUUCUUCAUGUCAUUUGCAGCGGUGGUGAAAUGAUCUGAAAGUAGCAGUGCACUUUCUGUAGAGGGCAAGUUUUAAAUUUUUUGGGUUUUUAAGUUUGAUUGCGCACAAAUGGCUUAUAGAGCAGAUGACGAUUAUGACUAUUUGUUCAAGGUGGUGUUGAUUGGAGAUUCUGGUGUGGGAAAGUCCAAUCUGCUGUCAAGAUUUACAAGGAAUGAAUUCAGCUUGGAGUCUAAAUCGACCAUUGGAGUGGAGUUUGCAACCAGGAGUAUAACUGUUGAUGAUAAGGUCAUCAAGGCCCAGAUUUGGGACACAGCUGGUCAAGAAAGGUACCGAGCUAUAACAAGUGCUUAUUAUCGAGGAGCUGUUGGUGCAUUAUUAGUGUAUGAUGUAACUAGACACGUAACCUUUGAGAAUGUUGAGAGAUGGCUAAAAGAACUCAGGGACCACACUGAUGCCAAUAUUGUGAUAAUGCUUGUUGGUAACAAGGCAGAUCUGCGUCAUCUGAGAGCUGUUUCUGCAGAGGAUGCCAAAGCAUUUGCAGAACGAGAAUCUACAUAUUUUAUGGAGACAUCUGCCCUGGAAUCAACAAACGUUGAGAAUGCUUUCACAGAAGUGCUCAGUCAAAUCUAUCGAAUUGUGAGUAAGAAAGCUCUAGAUGUUGGGGAAGAUCAGGCAGCCGUGCCCAGCAAAGGACAGACAAUAAAUGUUAACAAUAAGGAGGAUGUGUCGGCCCUGAAGAAAGUUGGAUGUUGUUCUGCAUAAACCCAAAGAACAUUUCACAGUGUUGUCUUCUAAAGUUUUUUCUGGAUUUUGAUGUCAUUUUGUCAAGAAAUUGAUUUCUUCGAAAUUCUGCCGCAGUUGCCUGUCAGUUUUAAGAGACAAGCAGCUUUCUAUGUUUGAUUACUCUGUAUGAUUUGCCAGUGAACUUUUGCUCUUGGAAUAUACCAGAGUACUUGUUGCCAUAUAGAUUUUAUUGUUACUCUAUAUUAGAUGAACACUUCAAAGAUUUCUAUUGUUGUUAUCUUGGAAAGAUCAUGCCAGAUUUACACGUAUAUGUCAGUAUGUAAUAUAUAGUUUAAAAGUAAACCCAAAUUGACGAUCAA